UUUAUCCCCCACAUAUUUUUUUCCUGGCUUUCCUUGUAUUAAUCUCCCCCUUCCCACACCACCCCCUUCAAUCCAGAAAUACCCCAUUUCACCCUACUCCAGUACGAAAUAGUCUCCUUCACUACGACCAACCCCACCACCCCCGUAUUUUCCUCGAGAGGAAGCUCUACAGCCACAACCACUCCCGCGCCGGUACCCCAGUCCCUUAUCCAAGUGCACACCAUCGAGGUGUUCACGUCGAGAAUCAUCUCCAGGUGAUACACGUUAACCCCUGAUUUAAAAAAAAAACCGUGGGACUGUUCAUACAACUGUCAACAAUAUUCUCGGAUAUCAAUGUUCAGAGUUUGAAAUACCGAGUUGGAGCACUUGGAGAUGCAGGGGUCCAGCAUAGAAUUUGGACGGAUUGGCUGAAGAGGGAAGGAAACGUCGACGUGGUAAAACGGAAAAGGCUUUAGUCGCGGUUGUGCCGUUGGAGACGGCAGUAACGGCAGUGAAAUCAUUGAGGUCAGGGUGUUACAUUCGGUACAAUGAUUGACCCGAGCUCCUCGGAGGAGGAGAGCGAUGAGGAUCAGAGCACUCAUCGCGGGGGUGGAGGCGGGGGUCGUGCCCCAAGUGGUCACGUCUCUCGUCAUCAUCCCGGCGGUGGUGGCAGUGGUCCCGGUUCAAGUGUUGGCAGCGGUCCUGGUGGUUUGACAGCAUCGCCUGGUGGUCACAGUCAAACAAGCAGCAUCGGUUCACCAAGUUUACACGGUGGAAGUUUGCAUGGGCCACAUGGACGGAGUAUUUCCAGCAGUCAGGGCAUUCAUGGAUCAGCUGGUGAUGCUGGCUCAGCUGGACUUGAUGUGCCAAAUUUAUCGAGCGCUAGAAAUUCAUUGUCACCAUCGAUGGCUGCUAGCCAGGACGCUGCCAAUUAUGCAAAGUCGGCGCAAAGGCCCACAAGCCCUUCGCCGUCGAUUGCUAGUGAAAAAACUGAGGCCGAAAUACAAGACAAGCAAGAGAGAGAAGAGGAGGAGCGUAAAACUCGAAUUCAGCUUUACGUCUUCAUAUCGAGAUGUAUCGCAUAUCCCUUCAACGCCAAACAACCAACCGACAUGACCCGAAGACAGAUGAAGAUAACAAAACAACAGCUGGAGACACUGUGCUCAAGAUUUCAGGCGUUCCUCAAGGGCGAGACACAGAUAAUGGCCGACGAGGCAUUUCACAAUGCGAUACAGAAUUAUUUCGAUGUUUUUUUGAAAUCGGAGAGAGUCGUGAGAAUGGUGCAGAGUGGUGCUUGUUCCCAGUACGACUUCCGCGAGGUGUUCAGGAACAACGUUGAGAAGCGUGUUCGCAGCCUCCCGGAAAUCGAUGGAGUGAGCAAAGAGACUGUACUUAAAUCAUGGCUGGCAAAAUUCGAUUGUAUAUUCAAAGGUACCGGUGACGAGGACAGCAAGAGGCCAUCAAAGAUGCAACAGCAAUCGUUGAAUUCCGAGUGUAUAUUGUCGAAGGAGCAGCUAUACGAUAUGUUUCAGCAGAUACUUGGCAUUAAAAAAUUUGAGCACCAGCUUCUGUUCAACGCCCUCCUGUUGGACUCAGCCGAUGAGCAGGCUGCCGCCAUCAGGAGGGAGCUGGACGGUCGCGUACAGAGAGUUAAUGAGAUGGAGAAGAAUCGCAAGCUCAUGCCAAAAUUUCUCCACAAGGAGAUGGAGUCGCUCUACAUCGAGGAGCUCAAGUCGUCUAUCAACCUAUUGAUGACCAAUCUGGAGUCAUUACCUGUCUCCAAGGGUUCGAUAGACAGCAAAUACGGGUUGCAGAAGCUGAAGCGCCGUAGUGACCGCUCCCGCUACCGCACCCAGAGCUCCCUCGCUAAAUUGGAGGGCGACUCCGCUGAUUCCGAUCCACAGUUGACAAAGAUGGAUGUUGGAUUGACAUUUCAACUUGAAGUUAUUGUGAUGGAGGUGAAGGGCCUCAAGAGUCUACCCCCAAAUCGAAUCGUAUACUGCACAAUGGAGGUUGAAGGUGGUGAGAAACUUCAGACAGAUCAGGCAGAGGCAUCUAAACCCAUGUGGGAUACUCAGGGUGAUUUUUCAACAAUGCAUCCAUUACCAGUGGUGAAGGUACGAUUGUACAUGGAGAAUCAAGCAAUGCUUGCACUCGAGGACAAAGAAAUUGGUAAAGUUAUCAUAAGACCAACGCCAUUAUCCUGCAAAGUUCCAGAGUGGCAUCGUAUGACCGUCCCAAAAAAUAAUCCAGAUCAGGAUCUACGUAUUAAGAUAGCAUGUCGAAUGGACAAACCCCUCAACAUGAAGCACUGCGGUUAUUUAUACGCUAUUGGUAAAUCAGUAUGGAAAAAAUGGAAGAAACGGUACUUCGUGCUGGUUCAGGUCUCGCAGUACACAUUUGCGAUGUGCUCGUACAAAGAGAAAAAAAGUGAGCCGUCGGAAAUGAUGCAGCUGGAUGGCUUUACAGUGGACUAUAUCGAAGCCGUUUCUGCGAGUCUAAUGGUUGGUACUGAUUUGGAGGGGGGAAGAUACUUUUUUAAUGCCGUUAGAGAAGGUGAUAACAUUGUAUACGCAUCUGACGAUGAGAAUGAGUGUCAUUUGUGGGUUAUGGCGAUGUACAGAGCAACGGGACAAUCCCACAAACCAACGCCACCGGUAUCGGUUGCUGAUAAAAAUUCGACAAUUAGUAAGAUUCAAGGUGAUGCUGACAGAGCAAGAAAGCACGGUAUGGAGGACUUCAUAAGUGCUGAUCCCUGCAAAUUUGAUCAUGCUGGUAUAUUCAAGUUUCUGCAGAACUUGACCCUGGAUUACAGACUCAAUGAUCCUUACUGCUCGUUGGGAUGGUUCUCACCAGGUCAAGUGUUUGUUCUUGAUGAAUACUGCGCCAGAUAUGGUGUUCGUGGAUGCUUCCGUCAUCUUUGCUAUCUCAGUGAUCUCCUUGAUCGCGCUGAGCGUGGAGUUAUGAUCGAUCCAACAUUGAUUCAUUACAGUUUUGCAUUCUGUGCCUCUCACGUUCACGGCACACGGCCAGAUGGUGUUGGUUCAAUCACCCACGAGGAGAGGGACAAAUUUCAAGAGAUCAAAGAACGAUUGCGUCAACUCUUAGAAAAACAAAUAACAAAUUUCAGGUAUAGUUUUCCAUUUGGACGUCCUGAGGGUGCAUUGAAAGCAACACUGUCACUGUUAGAACGUGUCCUGAUGAAGGACAUUGUUACACCAGUGCCAAUUGAGGACGUUCGUAGCAUGAUAAAGUCAUGUUUGGAGACCGCAGCACUUGUCAAUUACGACAGGCUGUCUGCGGCCGCCAAAAUAGAGGAUGAUUAUAAUGGUGAGGUCUGUGUACCACCUGGAAAAAAAUUGGAUGAUCUCAUACGUCUCGCUGAACUGUGCGUCGAUUUGUUGCAGCAAAAUGAAGAGCAUUAUUCGGAGGCGUUCGCCUGGUUUAGCGACCUCCUGGUGGAGCACGCCGAAAUCUUCUGGUCGCUAUUUGCCGUUGACAUGGACAAAGUACUGUCGGAACAGCCGCCGGACACGUGGGACAGUUUUCCACUGUUUCAAAUUCUCAAUGAUUACCUCAGGAUGGACGACAAUCUGAAGAAUGGUAGAUUCCAUCAGCAUCUCAGGGAUUUAUUUUCACCACUGGUAAAUCGUUAUGUCGAGUUAAUGGAAACAUCAAUAGCACAAUCGAUUCACAAGGGCUUUGAGAAGGAGCGAUGGGAGAUAAAGGGCAAUGGUUGUGCUACAUCGGAGGAUCUAUUUUGGAAGCUCGAUGCUCUACAAGCCUUCAUUGGUGGACUACAUUGGCCAGAUCAGGAAUUUCGAACGCAAUUGGAGCAGCGUCUCAAGCAGAUGGCAUCGGAAAUGAUUGAACAAUGCAUAACGAAGACAGAUGGGGCUUAUCAAAGUUGGCUAAAAAAGGGAGUCACUUUUAUAUCGACUGAUUACAUUUUACCCUCGGAAAUGUGCGCUAUGGUGAACGUUAUCUUGGACGCCAAGAAUCAGAGUUUUAAGCUUUGCACGGUUGAUGGAGUCGAUGUGCAUCAGUAUCACUCCAAGAUCGACGAUAUGAUUGACAAGGCACUGGCUGGUAUGACUCAAGGGAUGAUAAAUAAACUCGUUUCGGUCCUCGAGGCAACUCUCUCCAAAUUAUCGCGUUACGACGAGGGCUCGUUCAUCGGUUCAAUCCUCAGUUUCACGAAGGUCUCGGGCAGUGGCAAGGAGAUGGGUCAGGCGUACGUCAACUUUUCGAGAAACUGCAUGGACCAGAUUCGCAGUAAAGUAAUCGACGAGUUGUGGAUACUCAACUUCUCCGAGCAAUGGUACACGGCACAGAUUCAACUGCUCUGCAGCUGGUUAUCAGACAGGCUCGAUCACAAUCUUCACUUGUACCAGUGUACAUGUUUAGCCCACAUUGUUAAGAAAGUGUAUUCAGACUUUGAGCUGCAGGGUGUUAUGGAGGACAAACUAAACUCGAAGACAUAUCAGACGGUAUCGCAGAGAAUGCAGGCGGAGGAAGCAACUUGUGCCUUAACCAUGAGCUCUCAGAAUGACGAAGGUCUUUCGGAGAAUGGAAAUGACGACGAAGUUGAGAGACCAAAAACUAAGGUAACGAUCGUCGAGUCGAGUGGCGAGGAUGCUAAUUCUCUUACUAAUCUCACCAACAUAACGUCAAACGUUGCUGGAAAAGUUGGAAGUAUGUUUGGAAAAGGAAUCGGUGGACUUUCAACCAAGUUCGGUGGCGCCAGUUGGUUUUAAAACUUUUUAUUUGAAUAUCCGAUUACCUCACCCAGUGGUAAACAACCGAAUGGAUGAGAUAUUCACGAGUUAAAAAUAUAAUCGAAGUGGAAUAACAACCAAAAAACGAAUGAUAAUUUGAAAUCCGCCUAAGAUGUACCUUUCGUGCACUUGUUUUCAUAAUUCAAGGAAAUUUACAUCAUUAAACAAACUCCCGGUUUUAAUGUAAAACUCAGGGCAUAGGGAAGUUGCGAGGGAUUGCGUUGAAAAAAUCACUUUGAAAGUAAAAUAGAUGGGAAAGAAUAAAAAAUAACUGUGCAACUAUUUUGAUUGAAACUAAUGAGGAAAGUUUUAGGUUGGUGGCUGGGGUGAAGAUCUGAGACUUGUUGUGCAAAUGAGGAGCGUAAAAAUAGAGUUAAAGGGGGUUGGGAUAAAAACAUCGAAAGUUCGUCGUGACAACUUUGGAAGGGUGCAAUUACUGACGAAUAUGGAACUGAAGAUUAGCACUGGAAUACAUUUGAAUGCAAAAUAUGUAUAGGCAUGUGCAUAACAGUAUCUGUUACACUGUGAAUGUGGGCAUGUCUUUUUCACGCAUUGAGACACUAAACGUCUGUCGAGUCAGGCAAAUUAAUGAUAAUAAAGGAUUAAUGGAAAAAUAAUGAGAAAGCGCCAUUAAUGUUAGUGUGAUUGUGGCGACAUAACUAAAUUUCCUAUCUAGCAUGUGUAAACGCAUUAUUCAAGUGGUUUAGAAAACAAAGAAAAAGUAUAUAUAUUGAUAAAAAAUAGCGUCGAAAGAUUAUGCUGGAUUGCAAGAAGAUGGUUCAAUUUGUUUUUUUUUCUCGAUAAAAUGUGUUUCGACAUCAUCAAUACGAAUAAAAAAAUGUUGAAACGUGUAGUAGCGUAAGAGGCUUCUAAAGAACAAAUUCGUUUGUAAAUAAAGGGAUAAAAGAUAACAAAAAAAAUUAGCGGGAACGUCAACAAAAUAACUAUCGAGAGUGAGAGAAUACUUUUUAUAUAAUAAUUAUAAAGCGCGUAUAUCGAGUUUGUGGCUGAGAAAUGUAAAACAAAGUGUGACAGAGUUUGCUUCGUCAUAGCUUUUAAUUUUAGGUGAAAAAGUAAUGUAUUAAACGAAUACCAAAGAUAAAUCCGAGGGAUUUGAAAGAUGUUCAAGAAAACCAUGAGAUAAAGAACACAAAUACAGAAAUAAAAAAAGUAAAGGGAAAUGUGCACCACAAAGUUUAUAAAUGAUUCGUGAUAUUAAAAUGAAAAAAUUGUAUCAAUUUCGAUUAUUGAAUUUUCUAGACGCCUGAAUCUUUUCUCGAAAUUAUUAUUUGUCUUGAGAUGUUUGUUCACGAGUUAUGUUCAAUCAUUGAUUUUUUUUUGAAUGAUUUUGUUCGGGUACAGAGGGAUCUCUGUUGUAAUGUUGCACGAUAAGGGGAAUCACGUGGGCGAGAAAAAAAAAGUAAUAAAUAGACACGUACGUUGAUGUUGUAGCUUCGGAGUGAUAAUCUGCGCGAGAAACGAGUAUGAUUUCGGCCUCACUUAAUUUAGAAAAAGGAAGAAAAAAUAACGAGACAUAAUCGGGGAUUCUUUAGACUCAUACAGAACUCCUAGACUGAAUCACGAUUCAAAACUGGCCUUUUGCAACGCACCGAUAGGUUGCUUUUCAAUUUACUUAUCUUCAGAGUGAAUAUACCGUUUAUCUGUUGACAAACAAAUUAGUGAAAAACGAAAAAUUGAAAGCCAUAAUUUAAUUAGAGGAGAUAAUAAACCGGAAAAAAAACGAUAAGCAAAAGCCCUUCUGACCAGAGUAAUUGUCACUCAAGUAUUAAAAUUGAAAUGGUUCCAGAAAGGGCUAGUGCAGAUUCGCACUGACCCUUGAGAAAAAAAAAAACCAAGAUAAUAAUUCUUAGAUCAUUACGAUUAUCAUUUUCAAUUAAUCUUACUAUCGGUAACAAAAAAUCUUUCUCUUAUAAUCUUUACAUAAUAGAUUAGACCUAGGACGGUUACGUAACGAUCUCUUUCCGCUCUCCGACGAUACUAGUUCCUGCACUUGAAACGAAGAAAAAAAAAAUUGAACAAAAGUUCUAAAAACGUAACUGAAACUUCUAUUUAUUCUUAUUCUGAUUGUUGCGUUAAUUGUGAAAUUAUAACUUGACUUUAAAACGAAAAAUGAAGAAGAAAAACAAACCAAAAAAAAUAUAUUUAAAAAGCGUGGAGACUUCUGACCUCCCAGGCAGUGUUCUAGCACAUUCAACUUCUAUUCAACUGUUGUUCUCUCGUUAAUAAAAAUUUGCGCGAAAUACGCAAAAAAAAAAAACCAAUUAUGGAGAAAAAUUGAAGAUGUAUGCAGCAUUCCUGAUAUUUUACUUCCUCUCUUCGUGGCAUGUUUUCUUUCUCACUUGACACAAAAAAAAAAGUUCUCAUUCUCUCUGCUUGUUUUCUUACUGGAAAUUCUCAUAUUCUCAACUACUCGAUUUCACCGUAUCAUAACUAUAUUUUUCACUCGCACGAAUUUAGUGGAAUGCUUCAUGAAACCUAACAUAUCAUUAAUGCAUAAGAAAAUGUCAUAAUCGGCCAUUCCCGGAGACAAAUAAUUAUUUGUCAUGUCAUAGCAUAAAUGUUGUAUGGAAAAGAAGUUACCAACAAAAUGCGCCGUCUGUUUAUCGUAAAAUAAAGACUGGAACGAUGUUAUACUUUUAA